GUAAUCUGGUCCGAACCGGGAGCGUUUCACCACUGCCUUUGCCUUGGUUGUUGGACUGGAACUUGAUCAUGCUAGCACUUGUUUUUCUUGCUAACCCCUGACUGUUUUUCUUGCUAACCCCUGAUGUUUCAUUUUGUGAGAGACAGCUCCUCACAAUAAACACAAUAAGCUGAAUCUCCAAAGCAGUGAUGCUUCUCAGCAACCCAAAAGUAAAGCUAAAAUAAUGAAGGCCUUUGAAACACGGAUUAAAAUCCUACAGUUUUUGUUCUGCAAGAUGGAGCUGAGGUCACAUAACAUCUUGCAAGCUCAUUGACAAGUUCACCAUUAUCUUGAAGCAGAAUGCUACCAUCUUGUGGUUAGAUUCUGGGGUCCGUAAAGAUCUUGAAGCGUGCCGAAAAUCUCAUUAUUUGGCCGGCAAGGAAAUAUGGAAGGGCUGAAUCCACGCAGUGUCCUGGUGACAGGAUCUAAUCGAGGCAUCGGUCUGGAGAUGAUCAAACAACUGGCUGAGAAAAGCAACCCACCACAAUGGAUCUUUGCAACCUGCCGGGAUCCAGAGGGACCACGUACUCAGGAUUUGAGGAAUCUGGCCGCUCAGCACCAGGAAAUUGUGAUAAUCCCACUGAACAUUACUGAUCCAUCCAGUAUCAAGUCGGCUGUAACGAUGGUCACGGAGAGGCUGAAGGGAACUGGGUUGAAUCUGCUUGUCAACAACGCAGGAAUUGCACCCCGUGAUUCCAAAGUCGAAUCUCAAGCACCUGAAGAAAUGGCCGAGGUCUACAAAACCAACGUCAUUGGGACCAUGAUGAUUAGCCAGGCGUUCCUGCCUUUGCUGAGGAAGGCAUCUCAAGACAGUCCCAAGAAAGGGAUGAGCUGCAGUAAAGCCUCCAUUGUCAACAUGUCCAGUUACGCCGGUUCCAUCACGGAAGUUUACCUGUGGAAGUACGGACAGAUUGUUCCUUACCGUUGCAGCAAGGCUGCUCUGAAUAUGCUGACACGGUGCCAAUCGUUGUCAUUCAGCGCCGAUGAGAUUCUUUGCAUCACAUUGCAUCCAGGAUGGGUGCUCACCGACAUGGGAGGCAAAUUGGCUCAAAUGACAGUGGAUUCAAGCGUAGCAGCUAUCCUAAACCUUCUGGGUCAUCUUUCUGAGAAGGAAACUGGCAAUUUUCUGAGUUGGGAAGGGAAAGUCCUUCCAUGGUGAACAACUUGUUUGGGGAAAUGGACGAGCCUCUUACUUGGGCCAAUGUGAAUAUUUAUCUUGCGUUAUUUGUUGAUUAAAUUGACUUUUGUCCCCAAAUUGUCCUUGCUGGUUCCUCUUAUUUUUAGCUGUCCUGGAGGUUAAAGUCAUGAGACCGUAAACAUCUCUGCACUGCACACCAGAACAACUAGACACAAGAACAGUUUUUUCCCGAAGGCCAUCACUCUGCUAAACAAAUAAUUCCAUCAACACUGUCAAACUAUUUACUGAAUCUGCACUACUAUUAAUCUUCUCAUAGUUCCCAUCACCAAUCUCUUUCCAUUUAUGACUGUAUGACUAUAACUUGUUGCUGGCAAUCCUUAUGAUUUAUAUUGAUAUAUUGACCAUCAAUUGUGUUGUAAAUGUUGU